CAGAUGCCCAAAAUUUGGCACCCAACCACAUUUUCAGGUGCCUACCGGGCAUCUAUAUAAGAAGGAAUCGGAGUCCUCCUAUAUCAAGAUCCAUCCAUUGUGCUUAAGAAGUUAUUGGAAAUAGCUUCAAAACCAACGGCAAUAUUUUGGUCUGAGGAUAGAAAGACGUAUAUCUAGCUUCAAAAACAAUAUGGAGAAAUCAACAACGGCUGCUAUAUUAUUGCUCUUGUACUUUUUUGGGUUCUGCCCUCAACCAGGGGUUCCCUCAUUCGCCAAUCCAUCUGAUGACCUUGACUUUAGCUACUUGAAAUUUGUACGUAACGCAACUGAUCUACCAUUACAAGAAGAAUAUGACUACAUUGUUGUGGGAGGGGGCACGGCAGGGUGCCCGUUGGCAACAACUUUAUCUGCAAACUACUCCGUUCUCCUUCUAGAAAGGGGCAAUAUUCCAUCAGCAUAUCCAAAUGUGUUGCGUGCGAAUGAGACUCUUGCAAAUUUCAUGCAAGAAGAUGACGGUAAGACACCGGCCCAGAGGUUCACAUCAGAAGAUGGUGUGGCUAAUUUAAGAGGACGGAUCCUAGGCGGGUCAAGUAUGAUCAAUAUUGGCAUAUACUCAAGAGCCGACAGUGAAUUCUACGAGAAAUCAGGAAUUAAAUUGGACAUGAACUUAGUCAAUAAUUCAUAUGAAUGGGUUGAAAACACUGUAAUAUUCCGUCCGAAUGUAACACGCUGGCAAUCUGUUGUGAAAGAUGCGAUGUUAGAAGCUGGUGUUCGUCCAGACAAUGGACUGACUUUGGAUCACAUUCUGGGAAGUAAAGUCACGGGUACGCUCUUUGACAAUCGUGGAAAAAGACAUGGAGCUGUGGAACUGCUGAAUAAAGGACAUCCAAAAAACCUGAGAGUUGCAAUUCAUGCCACAGUAGAGAGGAUCAUUUUCUCUUCCGAAGCAUCAGGUUUGUCAGCUAAAGGAAUCAUAUACAGUGAUUCUAACGGGAGGUCUCAUCAGGCAUUGAUACGUGGUAAGGGUGAGGUUAUAUUGAGUGCAGGUGCAAUUGGAAGUCCUCAACUUCUACUACUUAGUGGUGUUGGCCCAAAAUCUUACCUUUUAUCUUGUAAAAUCCCAGUUGUUCACCCACAACCUUACGUUGGGCAGUUUAUGCGUGAUAAUCCUCGUAAUUACAUUACCAUUUUGCCCCCGUUUCAAGUAGAACCUUCUACUGCACAGGUUGUUGGUAUCACAAGUGAUUAUUACAUAGAGACUUUCUCCGGCUUGCCAUAUUCUACUCAGGCCUUUAGUAUUUUCCCUAGUCCAACUAUUCCCAUGACCAUAAAUUCAAGUUUCGGGCAAAUUGUUGUCAAAUUUCCAGGACCCUUGUCCUAUGGUUCUCUUAAACUGCAAUCAUCCUAUGAUGUCAAAGUUGCUCCAAAUGUCAAAUUCAACUACUUUGCACAGGAGGCAGACCUUUCUCGUUGUGUUAGUGCCGUGAGGAAAAUGGGUGAUUUAUUAGAAACAAAUUCAUUGAAACCGUAUAAGGCUCACGAUUUGCCAGGUCUAGAAGGUUUCAACCUUUUUGGACCGCCCUUACCAGUGAACCAGUCAGACGAUGCAUCCUUUGAAACCUUUUGUCGAGAUACAGUAGCCUCAUUUUGGCACUACCAUGGUGGAUGCCUGGUCGGAAAGGUAGUUGAUGAAGAUUUGCGGGUCAUGGGGAUCAAGGCAUUACGUGUUGUUGAUGGAUCUGUAUUCAAUUUAUCACCAGGGACCAAUCCUCAAGCCACUCUUAUGAUGUUAGGCAGGUAUGUUGGCGUUCAAAUGCUGGAAGAAAGAUCAGAGUGACACGUUUCUUCGAGAUUAUAUUCAAUUUGUCAUACAAUGGAUUGAAGAUUAUUCAACAACCUUUAGUGUUAUCGUGUUUUUACUUAAGAUAAACUUAGUUAAUAAGGUCAUAAUGUAACUCAAGACUCAAGUGGUAGGACGGAAAGAAUAAUUGAAAAUCGAAGCUAAAGGCACAUUAGUUGUA